AUAGUUCUUAACUUGUUCUUAAUCUGUGGAUCCGUCGACCGUGAUCAGUUUUCAAAAUAAAUCAAAUAACACAAAAAUAAAUUACUUGUGACUUUGUAAGACAAGUUUCGCUGACAGACAGGAAUUUAUUACUUUCAUAUUUAUACAAUUCUAAAACACGUCAAUAAUUGUUUAGAUGUAGUUUGUUCAUAGGUCGUAGUUUUUAUUUACGAUAUCGGAAAUCAGAAUGUCGUGUAAACUAAUAGUGAGGCGUUCGGUGCCGGGAGAUAUACAGAAGCGUCAAGAAAUUAUACGAAAUUCGUAUUCCACGGGCUUUAUAGAUACCUUUUUGUUCUUUUUUUUCCAAGAGUUGACAUUAGAGUGUUGUGUGCUGAGUGGUGCAGUGCUGUUCAUAUUUUGCGGUGUGUCAGCUCGCGGCUGCUUGCUGCUGGUGCCGGCGGCGGUCGCCGUGGUCACUGCUGCUGUUCUGCUUCAGCAGUACACUCUAUCCUUAAAGCAUGCUCAGAGUAUACACGGAGAAAUAUUUGGCGUGGUGGUGGAAGCCCGCGGCGCGCUGCUGCCACCUCCCGGCGCUCUGCCCAUAUGCGUGCGCCUGAACGACGGCUUGCCUGACGAGAACCAAGCCUACAUGUAUACACAUAUAGUGGGGACUGCGAGUGUGUCGGAAUUUUGGGGGUCCAUGCGGAGCGGAUGGUUGCACUCGAUGGUCGUCGACGCGCAGUGGCGGAGGCGCGGCGCGGGCGCGGCGCUGGCGGGCGGCGCGCGCCGGCUCGCCGCGGCCGCCGGCCUGCACUCGCUCGAGUGCGUCGUGAGCCCGCUGCAGCACGCCGCCAAGCAGCUGCUGCAGGCGGCCGGGUAGGUGGGAGUGCCGCGGCUCGUACGAGCGCGCGGUGGUGGGCACGGCGCUGACGCUGCCGCUGCUGCGGCUGGGCACCGACUUGCCGCUCGCCUGACCGCCCCACCCCGCUAUCCACGUUCGACAACCUGGCUGAUGAAGAAUGACUAGAAUACUGCUCGAGAAUCUCAAGUUUAGAAUUUAAAGACUAAAACGGAUUUAAACCAGGCUGUGUUUAGCUUAUAACUGCGAGACAUCAAAUCAAAUGCAGUUUACAUUUAAAUAUUCCCAAAAUUUCUAUCAAAGUAAUUAGCAAGAAUCUUUUAUUUUUCGCUUUUAGGGAACUCUUGGAUUUUUUUUUAAAUAGACUUAACUUAAGUAAUAACGAAUAAAAUCUAAAUCUAUUUUUGUAGAUUACAGUGACAUACACAUAAAAUUUUAUUAUAUGUUGCGUAAUUCAUUACUUGAAUUCCUCAGAUUUUAUGAUGUUCACUGUCAAAAAUUGUUAUUAUUCAUCAUUUACAUAAUAUUAUAAAUGUAUGUAUUUUUAAUGAUAUUGUCAAUUAUCUUGCAAUUAAUGUUAUUCUUUGAACCAUUCUAAUAUAAGUAAAACAAUUGAUAAGUUGUGAUAUUCCAUGUAUAUUUAUAAAUAAAUACUUUUUUAAAGGUC